AAUGCACAUCAAAACGACAGUUUUUUGUUUUCUUACAGCGAUUGGUGUCAUUGUCAUUUGACAUUUACAGUGACAUUUCGACAUUUUGUUAUAAAAUGUCAAAAUAGUUUUUUCGCGUUUUUUCACAAAAUAUCGUGGGAAAUAGAAAAAAAAACAUUGAAAAUGACGAAAGUGUGUCGAUUGUGUUUGAUUAAGCUGCAAAGGGGUUCGAAAUAUUUUAAUAUAAACGCGGUGGAGAGUUUCUCUGGUUUUAUGCCAUAUAGGGAUCAGUUAACGACAUGUAUACCGGAAAUGGCAUUGGAUUUAAUACCAAACCCAGUUAUAUGUAAUGUUUGUCGACAAGCUCUUCGGCUUGCAUACGACUUCAAAAAUAGGUGUCUUAAAGUCGAAGAAAAAAUACGUAAACAUGUUGAAAGUCAACCCAGCGGCAGCGAAUACGAUUUAUCAGAACUGGGAAAUUAUGAUCAUGGUCGAAGUCUUGUUUUAAUAAACUACCCAUCCGUAAAUAAUUUGAAUACCCAAAUACAAAAACCUGAAUAUAUAGACAUAAAGCAUCAUUAUGUAAAACAGAUAAUGGUAUGCAAGCAAGAACCUGAGUCGGGUACAACAGUUAAACUAGGUUUAAAAGAAGAGUCUGAUUUAUAUGAUCCAGAAAUUUUACCGGUAGAAAACAAUGAACUCGAAAUUGAGGCGAUUUACAAAUGCCCAAUUCGUAAAUGUGGCUUGGAAUUCGAGGACUUGGAACAACUGCAAAACCACAAGGAAUACCACUUGCCUAGUUUUGCCAAAGGCGGAAAAAAAGGCAAAAAAUUCGCAUGUACCAUCAAAAAUUGUCCGGAAAGUUUCGAAUCGGUAGCUCUGUUGUCCUGUCACAAAAUCGAGUGCCAUGCUAACGUUAUGGACGUUUAUUUGUGUAACUUCUGUAAUAUGCACUUUAGAAGCCUACAAUUGCUCAGAAGGCACAAUUCACAAUGCCAGAAAGAUUCUAAACCUGACGCUAUAACAACAAUAUUAACAAAGAGGCCUCAUUUACCGACAAAGGCUAAAAAUCACCUUAAAAAAUGGCUUUUUAAACAUACAGAUCAUCCAUACCCAACUGAUCAAGAAAAACAACAGCUGAUGAUCGAAACUAACCUCACUUUAUUGCAAGUAGAAAACUGGUUUAUAAAUGCCAGGAGGAGGAUUUUACAGGACUUAACACGUCUAAAGGCGAGACGUUUGUCAUCGGCUUCUCUGAUGCGAGGUUUGGAAGAGUUCGACGUCUCCAUAGACAUAAAAAAUGAGGCGGAACAAGAUAUACACCAAGAUGUACACCAAAAUAUUCGCGCAGGUUUGUCAUCGGCUUCUCUGAUGCGAGGUUUGGAAGAGUUCGACGUCUCCAUAGACAUAAAAAAUGAGGCGCAACAAGAUAUACACCAAGAUAUACACCAAAAUAUUCGCGCAGGUUUGUCAUCGGCUUCUCUGAUGCAAGGUUUGGAAGAGUUAAACGUCUCCAUAGACAUAAAAAAUGAGGCGCAACAAGAUAUACACCAAGAUAUACACCAAGAUAUACACCAAGAUAUUCGCGCAGGUUUGUCAUCGGCUUCUCUGAUGCAAGGUUUGGGAGAGUUAAACGUCUCCAUAGACAUAAAAAAUGAGGCGCAACAAGAUAUACACCAAGAUAUACACCAAGAUAUACACCAAAAUAUACACGAAGAUAUACACCAAGAUAUACAAAUGGAAAUUAUUGAACCUAUGACAGUAACUGUCAAACAGGAGACACACAAUUUUUAAGGUUAUGUUAAGUUAUUUGUGAGUUUGGAGAUGUGACCCUCGAGGUGUACCAGAACUAUGCAAACACUGAAGGAUCGGUAAGGUUUUUAGGUUAUGUCAAUAAAAAUUAUCAGAAUUAUAAUAAUUGUUCUGAGAUGCAUAUUAUGGUUGUCUAAUAUUUUUUACGUUGAUUUUACAAUGUUUUUUGACUUGAAAUGUUGUACUAUUUGUUAUCACCCUGUAUGUUUUACAAUUUUUUAAUCGAUGUGGCUCCCGUCCCGAGGCGGGACUUAACUUCGAUCCCGACAGACGUCACACAAUGUAAAUCCGUUUUUAU